AUGCCGCGGGAUAUUUUGAGUGAUAGCUUAGCAGUCCUGCGGAUUAUUGAGCAUGAAGAUGAAGAAAACUGGCCGUUGGAGGAUAAGACUUCAUGCAAAGAGAGGAGCAAGAAAAUUGUUGGAGUCCCCACAAACAGUCAACAAAUAUUUACCAAAGAUGAUUGUGCUUGCUACUUUAACUAUGGGCAUGGAGAUGGUGCCAGCAAUCGCCAACAAGACCCAAUAUACCAGUACAAGACAAGUAGUCUGCCUGCCGCUUCAUCCAUCAAUCAAUCUUGGGACGAAAUAGUGUGCUCUGCACUACGAGUGGCUCCGGAAGAUAUAGCUAACCAGCUGUCAUUACUUGACUUGCCCUGCUUCAAGGCGAUCCAGCCAGAGGAGCUCACCACUUGCGGUUGGAAUAAGUCGAACAAAUUAACAGUUGCUCCCAACGUGGUGGCGUUUACUAAACGCUUUAAUAGGGUGAGCUUCUGGACAGUACAAGAGAUACUGAACGGCCAGUCGCCCAAAGCCAGAGCGGAAACCCUGGCUCACUUCAUAAAGGUGGCCAAGAAAUUGCACGAGCUCAACAACCUACACUCGCUCUUUGCGAUUAUCUCUGCGCUCCAAAGCGCUAGCAUAUACAGAUUGACGAAAACUUGGGCGUGUCUGUCGAAGAAGGAUAAACAGCAGUUCGAUAAAAUGGCAGAGCUCUUCGGCGAAAAAGACAACUGGAUGGCGCUGCGCGAGUACCUUAGAAGCAUCGCUUUGCCCUGCAUCCCUUAUCUCGGCAUUUUCCUGACGGACCUGGUGUACAUCGAGCUGGCGCACCCGGCGGGCUCGCCGCAGCGUGCCAACAAGAUGGCGGCGGUGCUGCGCGCGCUGCAGCGCUAUCAGAGCUCGCACUACAGCAUGCCGCCGGUGCCGCACGUCGCGCACUACCUCAACAGCGUGCGCUACAUCGAGGAGCUGCAGAAGUUUCUAGAAGAUGACCACUACAAAUUAUCGUUAAAACUAGAGCCACCGUCUCCAGUGGGCAGUUGCGCUGGAUCGAAAGAAUCCGUGAAGGAAGUGGUUCCGCAGGGUACUUCCACUCCCUUCAUGUUGUCCCCAUCGCACCGGCUUGGCUCUGGCUCUUUGAGGCUGCAAGGAUCUUACCAGGCCAAGUUCAUACCGACGCAUAGAAAGUGCCGCUCGCUGGGAUCCAAGUUUCGUAGCGCGAGUUUGCCAAGAAAUUUUCACAAGGUCAAUUUCGGUGUGGGCAUCUUCGGCAAGGGGCAGUGCGAGGAGACACCAGCUGGCUCAGUCAACUUGCUGGAUGACACGCUGUUGGAGUCACCUGGCUCUACCGCUCCCGUCUCUAUCCCGCCCAGUGAGCUUACCAAGGCGGUGCCAAUGGAGUGUGAUUUCCAAAGCUUCGUGAGAAGAAAAACCAUUUUGAAGGAUGGGAGGAAGAUUUCUUUGUCGUCAUGGCAGCGUUUUUGGUUGGAGCUGACGGGAACUGCUCUCGUGUUCUACGCUUCUAAGUCAUUUAAAGGGAGCAGCCGCGGCGACUUCCGUACGGAGCGCUGCAAGGUGGUAUCGCUGGCGGGCUGGUCGGCGGAGAGCGCGCGCGGCGACGCGCCCGACUGCUUCCAGCUGCUGCACCAACGCGCCGCCACGCUCUACAAGUUCAAGACUGGAUCUGAAACGAUAGCAAAGCAAUGGGUGGUAAAGAUAGAGGAGGCGACCAACAACAUGGUGAAGCCACUACCAGCUAACUUAAUGUCUUUCGAAUAG